GUGCCCACUAAAUUUGUGGAAACCUUUGACGCCCGUCAGCCCCUGGUCAUUGGCAGUGUGGCGAAGGGCGAGGAGGCCAUGAGCUUCAUUCAUGCCCGCUUCCAAAGCCAUCGGUGGCUGAAGCGUGUUCUCAAGUCGAAUGACCCCAUCACUGUCUCUAUUGGUUGGCGUCGUUAUCAGACUGUGGCAGUCUUCUCAAAGGUAUUCACGUGUCUGAACGAGGCCUGA